AUGUAUACGCCAUACAACCAGCAGAACCUCCAGCAUCCCCAGCCGUUCCACACACAGCCCCUGAACCUUCCUCAACAGCAGUACCAGCAGCAGGGCCAAUUCCAGCAACCACAAGGAACUCAACCUCAGCAAAAUGCUCCAUACACGUUUUUCAACGAUCCCACCGCCGCAAUGGCAGCUCAAUUUGCACGUACUGGACUCGAUUCUUCCAACCAGUAUCUUCAGCAGAACCUCGGGCUGUUCAUGUCCAACGCCGGAGACCUCCAUUACUAUUUCCAAGUGAGCAAUUCGUAUGUUGUUCGCAAAAUCUUGUUGGUUUUGUUUCCCUAUCGCAAUAAAAACUGGUCCAGAUUGACCACUACGGUCGAUGGCUCUUCGCUGACGCAGUACCUCCCACCUUCUCACGACACCAACGCACCAGAUCUCUAUAUUCCACUUAUGGCGUUCAUAACCUACAUUCUCUUGUGGUCUUGCUUCCAAGGUUUAAAAGGUGAUUUCCACCCACAACUCUUUGGGUACUUGGCAUCACAGACGCUUGCAUGUUCGUUCUUGGAUAUUUUGUUCUUCAGGGUCGGUCUCUACUUGUUAAAUUGCUCCACAAACUCGUCAUUGUGGGACUUGAUAAGUUUCAGCGGUUACAAAUAUGUCGCUAUUAUUGUGUUGUUGGUGUUUAAACAUUUGGUUGGCUCCAGCUGGAUGUUUUACUACUCGAUUGUGCUUGCUGUAACCAUAAGCUUGUCUUUGUUUUUGAUGCGGUCGCUCAAAUUCAUGGUACUUCCUAGCACCACCAAUAAUACUGUUAGUGCGAAACAAAGACGUAUCCGGGUGCAAUUCUUGUUCUUGUACGCCGUGGUGUUACAGUUCUUGAUUAUCUUAUUUAUGAGCAGGUAG